UCCAUUAGAAACAGUCAUCUCAAAGACACGCCCAAGGUAAGCAUGACUACUGGCAAUAGUUAUAGUAACUACCUGACUGUAGAAUGCUUCCACCAAAAGACCCUCAAGAAGAAAAGAAGCAUUUGCAGGAAUAUGAAGCCAUGAUGAGAAAAGCAAAGAAAUUGGAAGCAAGAAAAAAAAAAGAAAGUUAUCGGAAAAAAGAAGAAAAAGACAAAAAGAUCAAUCAUGCACAACAUGUUUGGGAAAACGACAUUAUUCCAAACUGGAAGACACGCGCUGGAGACAAGCGAACGCUUAUUUUAUGGACACAGGGCAUUCCUCCUCGAUGUAGGAAGAAGAUUUGGAAAUUAAAGAUUGGUAAUACAUUGAAUAUCACCAAGGCAACAUUUACAGAAUGCAUACGCCGAGUGCCACAAGCCAUACGCACAUCCUCCAAAAAUAAUCAUGGUUUGAUGUCACCUACAUCGCAUGGUCCACCUAUGCCUAUUGUCUCUACAAGUCAUACCACAACAUAUGAUCCUUAUGCAGAAACAUCUUUGUAUUCUAUACGUCGACAAAGAAGAACCAGUAGUUUGGAUGUACUUCGAGAGGAUUCAAAAGAUGAAAAAUCAGGAGAAGAAGACGCUGUAACAACCGAAGAGGAAGAAGAGGAAGAGGACAAACAUAUUGAAUUUGCCAAUGUCAGCAUGGAACGCACUUCUUCUACUUAUUCCUUGUCAAGUUCAGUAGGUGGACACGGCGGCCAUUAUAGUGACUCAAUGAGUGGAAGAAGUGCAAUGGAGUUGGAUUCAAAGCAGAGUCUAGAGGAAGAUCAUGUCAAUAUCGAACUAGACGAUGGAAAUAAUGAUGAGGAUGAGGAUACAAGCUCACAAGAAGAAGAUCAUGAAGAGGAAGAAGCAAACGAUAAAACAAUGGAUGAUCCAACUCUGAUUAAUUUCUUGAAUAAGGCUAUUGAAGAAGAUAUUGUACGCACAUUGCCUAGUUUAUGUGUCUUUCAGCCUGAUGGUCCAUUGUUUAUGUCACUCAGAAAAGUGCUUCAUGCUUAUGUGGGUUAUAGGCCUAAUUUAACUUAUCCUCGAGGUGCUUCAUUCUUGGCUGGUGUCCUGCUUCUCAACAUGAAUUCACAAGACACGUUUGUGGCUCUCAUCAAUAUGAUUAGCAACAGUCAAGUCCUGUCUGCUUUGUAUGACUCGGAUGAGAAAAAAAUCCAAGGCUUCUUUAAAGUCUUCAAUGUGAUUUUUGCCGAAAAUCUACCAAAGCUUUAUUUACAUUUCAAAAAUCUGGCACUCACACCUGAAAACUAUUUACCAGACUGGUUCAUGACUAUUUUUGCUUCUAUGAUUCCCCUUGAACUGUCGUCUCGACUAUGGGAUAUUUACUUACUGUACGGCGAUAUUAUUCUCUUUCGCACAGGUCUUGUGGUGCUAAAAUACUUGGAGCCACUUUUAUGGGGAAGUGGGUUUAGUGAAACAGUUAGGAUUUUAAAUAUGGGAUUUGUAGGAGAGCAUCGUGGAGAAGAAGUCAAGGCAGCAUUGGCCGUGAGUGGACAUAUUACUGAAGGUGGCGAAGAUCCCUUUUUUGAUGAAAUCUUGGGCCGAAAAGGUGUACAUUUGGACGAAGCAAGAUUUAAGGAAUUGUUGGAUGCUCAUAUGCCUCGACCCGUAUAAUAAUAAUAAAAAAAAGGAAACUUACCAUUGUUUAUAUGUAUAUACAUUUUGCAAACAUGGAACAAUUUAGUUAUUAAUAAGCUCUGUUUAACAAUCAAUGGCGUCU